CAUGCUUUCUGUAAUGGAGCUGUUCAUCAUCAUUGCUCUUCAUCUUCUCAUGAUGGUUCAGUCUUCAGAAGGCCCUAAUAUGAAAGUGUCUCCAGAUGUUGUGAGAGAGUCAAAAUCUGUUCAUCUGAACUGUGAGAGUCCAGCAGAUGUGACAGUAAUUCAGUGUUAUUUCUAUGCAAACGGAGAAAAAUAUAAAGAUAUAAAACUCAGUCCAUCAUGUGAUCUUAGUCUCACUGGGGCUGAAGUUCUUUUAUGGACGGGUUUAAAAUCCCCUGUAUCACUAGACAUUGCUUGUUACUACACAACAGAUGUGAGCGGAGUUCUUAAACCAUCAGAUCACUCUCCUCCUGUCACACUGACAAUACUGGAUGAUCUCAUUAAACCCAUCAUUAGUGUUGAUGACAUCGCUUCCACACUCAGUAUCUCAUGUUUAAUCCCAGAGUCAGACAGAAAUGAUUUCACCUGUAAUCUCUACACUGAAGAUGGACCUCUCAGACACAGACGUCAUUCUCACAGAACACAGUCUGGAGAUCACUGUGUGUUCUUCAUAAGUCUAAGUGAAAUAUUCACACAUAAGCAAACAGUGAACAGACACUUGAGUUGUGAUUAUUCAUUCAGAACAGAUCCUGAGAUGAACCUCACAUCACCACGCAGUGAUCUGUACACUAUCAGAGGUUUUCCUCAGGCCGUGUUGAGAGUGUCUCCUUCAGUGAUCACAGACACAGUUCAGAUGAACUGUUUGAACAGAGAGAGUCUGAAUAUGGACACGUGUUUCUUCACUGUAGAUGGAAUGGAAAGUAACAUGAAAGAGAGCAGAUCAUGUCAUCUGUCACUCACUGAAUCUGACAUCAUUCAUUGGUCGGGAGGUCAGAGGUCAUCUAUCAUCAUAACCUGUUACUACACUGUGUUUAAAUCACAAGUUCUCUUGCCUUCUCCACAAUCUGAACCAGUAACAGUGGCUGUCUGGAAGUUGUUUAAGGCCGUGUUGACAGCAUCUUCAUCAGUGAUCACAGACACAGACACAGUUCAGAUUGACUGUAAGAACAGAGACAAUCUGAAGAUGGACACGUGUUUCUUCAUAAUAGAUAGAAGUCGCAUGCAAGAGGAAAGAUCAUGUCAACUGUCACUCACUGGAUAUGACAUCAUUCAUGGGUCAGGAGGUCAGAGGUCAUCUGUCUCCAUAACCUGCUUCUACAGUGGCCAAUCACAUGGCUUUGAAUCAUCUCCACAUUCUGAUCCAGUAACCGUAACAGUUCAGAAAAUGUGGAUAAAAAUCCUGUCGGGAGCGGUGUGCUCUGUGUUUGUACUCACAGGACUCAUCUGUCUGUGGCGAUGCGUGUGCAAGAAUAGAAAAAAACGUCAAGGACCUGCUGUAGAGACAUGUGUUUCUGGACCUGAAGAGUCCUUCUCUAUGAUCACUUCUGUGCCAGACACAUCUCAUCAGAGGGGUCUCAAGCAUCCACAGUCACUCCAGGAUAGCAAAUCAGGUCCUUUACUUAUCACCUUAUUUAAGCCUACAGAUGAUUUGGAUAAUACACAACAGAAGAUGGGAUUUACUGAAGAUAAUGAGAAUGUUUACCACAUGUACUGCACCAUCCAAGAUAACGAUGUAAACGUUGAUGAUGGAGAUCAGCACUACAGUAUGGCUUUCUGAAGUUUACUUAAGCCCCAUUAUUUCCUUUUUCUAUUUCAUGCUAAAUGUUCAAAUAAUAAAGUAUUUUAAUUUGA